GAGCUGGCUACUUAAUAUAUACUUUUUAAUGCUGCAACGUGAUUUAACUCGCGCAGUUAUGUAGAUACUAUACUAAAAAACCUCAUCCAGCUUUACUUGGUAGAACCCUUCGCCAAUGGACCCUUUGGUUGCGUGGUUAGAGUUACGUCCCUUGGAUUUUUAACAGCAGGAAAGUCGGUCGUCGGCUAUUUCGCCAAGCCUUGAUAAUAGACUGCAUGCUUGCUCCGUCUGUUGGCAAGUUGAACGACACAAACGUUUCGAGUUUACAAGAAUGGAAGAAAGAGGUUGAGGGGAGAAGUCUCGGAUGUCAUCAUGGAUCAUUCUAGCCAUACUACAGGAAAGAAUGGAGACAAUCACAUCAUUCUCCAAGUAAAUGAAACUCGAAUAAAAUGUAAAAAACAUGUUCUUAUUGCAAAAAGUGACUAUUUCCAAGGAAUGUUUGCAAGUAACAUGAAAGAAAGUUCAUCAGAUGUAAUUGAGUUAAAAGGAGCCAAAGCUGACGUGAUUCAAUUGUUAGUGAAAUCUUUGGACUCUCCUCUGCUCAUAACAGAAGACAAUGUGUAUGAUUUGACAGAAGCUUCUGUAGUGUACCAAUUCCAAGAAGUACUGGAAUCGUGUUGUGAGUUCCUGGACCAUUCCUUGGAUCAUUCCAACUGUCUGACUGUCAUGACAAUGGCUGACAUGUUCUCGCUGUCAGAGUUGUUCCAUAAGGCAAAGACACACUCUUUGUGGUACUUUGAAGAUGUUGCCCGAGAAUUGGAACUCUACGACCUGCCAGAGCCUCAGCUCAUUGCCUACCUUUCCCAUAAUGCUCUCCACUGCACUGAUGAAUGGCUGGUGUUUGAUGUGUUAUGCAAGUGGUACACACAGAAUAUCUCUUGCAAUUCUGAUCCUCUUGCUGAUUCCUUACAUUCAAAUGGCGAAAAUAAUGUGAAUGAGAUGGACCAGUGCAGUUCCUCUCCAGACAAUCAUUUCAAUGAUAUGAACACUGAUCCCAAAGAGCUGAUACAGGAUUCCAGCAUGCCUAUUUCUGUGAAAGAUUGUACUUCUGUUGUGGUCAGUGUUGUUGCUCCAGGUCAGUUCACUGACCGUCACACUUCAAACAAUGCGGCAGCAGUUCCCAGUACCAAGUUCUGUGAGCUGUUGAAGAAGUGUGUGUAUUUUGACAUGCUGUGUGAGCAGCAGAUACAGAAACUACUUCAGCAUCCUCUGGUGGCUGCUGACGAAGAUGCUAGGCAACUAGUGUCAGAUGCUGCUGCAUUAAGGAAACUGCAUCUUCGAACAAGACCAGCUGCCCAGGUAUCUAAGAGAAAGUCUCCAACUGCCAUCAUGUGUUUUGGCGGCCAUGUUUGUUCAUCGUUAACAUGUGUGAAACCUGACCAGUGUGAGGGCAACUCCGCCUCGAGGGACAUGCUGUGGUUCUCACAAGACACGUGUUCCUUCUCUGUCGAAGCUCUCACAAAAGAUGACAACUCAGAGCUUGGUGAAAAUGCUCUCAAGGUGAUAGGGUGUCAAGUUACACUUGUUGACAAGGAGGUGUUCGUCUCUGGUGGGGAGGCGGUCCUGGGGAGGAACACGUGGCAGAUGACAAUGAUGGCGUUCAACUGUUUCACCCGUAGAUGGUGCUGCAAGAAGGUUCUCCGACAGCCCCGGAGACACCAUGGAGCAUGUGCCGUGGACCGCAGACACUUGUUUCUAAUUGGAGGGUUUGGGCGCUUCCGGAAGAUACUCAAUGUUGUUGAAAGCUUUGACGUUGAAACAGAUGAAUGGUCAGACCAUCCUCCCUUGCUUCAGCCUGAGUUCUCUGCCGCAGUCGCUGUCUGUAACAACAAAAUCUACGUCUUUAAAACACAGAUUCAGCAGUACUGUCUCACAACUCGUGAAUGGUCAUUCAUCACCAUAAGCCAACCAAUCAGCUCCAAUGUCAACUUUGCCUUGACCUUUGGCAGCAGCAUCUACCUGUGCUGCAAGUUCACCAAGAAUCUGAGAAUGUUUAACCCAGAAACAAGAGACUGCAAGGAAUUGGGCCAUUUCCAGACAGAGUGUAUGGGAUGUGUCCUGCUCCAUGGGAAGGUUUACUGGUUCGAGGAUUUCUCCAACAGCCCGACAGUGGAGUGUUUUGAUCCUAGGGACAAAUCUUUUGAAAUUGUGGGUAAAAUAAAGAACUGUUUCUUGGCUGGCGAAAUUAUCUCAGUCCCGAAAUACCCUGUCUUUUCUCCAUCUGCUUUGACAUAAGGAAUGUCAUUAUGUGGAUGGAUUUUACAAUGAAACCUUGUUUACUUGAAGUGUCUUUCUGUUAGUUUAAGGAUCAUCAGAUCUCAGGGAUCAGUGAAGCUGGGAGAUGACUGAGGGUGGCUGUGUUACAAGCUAUGCCGUAUGAACAUUUGAAACCUAUGUUACAAUAGUGGUUUUCAGCACAUAUGAAAUAACUGGGAAUACUGAUUGCAGAAAUCUUUUAAGAAUUACAUUGGUCAGUUGUAAAAUUACAAUUA